AUGGUGUGGGUAUGGCCGACCCUCCCUCUCCUUCUCCCCCUCUCUCUCCCGCUCCCUGCUCCCUGCUCUCUCCAUACUCCCCUUCCUCUCUCUGCUUCCCCUCCUCUCCACACUCCCCCUCCUCUCCACACUCCCCCUCCUCUCCACACGCCCCCUCUCCUCGCUUCUCCCCUCUCUGCCGCCCAUAUCACUCCCUCCUCGCUCUCUGCUGCUUCCGCGAAGCUGCUCCUUCUUUUGCGGACUGCCAUCAGAACCCAGUCGGGACCAGACCCCUUUACGGGUUGCAGUGUUACCGUCCCCACGAUUUCGCUCCUCCGUCCUCUCCUCCCUUCUUUCCUCCCUCUCCUCCUCCCUUCCGUCCACCCACUCAUCCCUCCCACCUCUCACGUCUCCUCCACUCCUCCCCCCUCGCUCCGCCCAAUCAGCCCCCCUGCUCCUCCCCAUCCCCCGCUCGCCAGCUCCCCUCCCGCUACCGUCCCUCCCCCAACGCCCCCCCCUUCCGCCUCUAAAGCCCCCGUCGCCUCUGCCCUCCCUCCCAAAUCUCCCCCUCCCACCACCCCAAUUCCCGUCGCCGCCCCUCUCGUCCCUGCCGAGCCUCCCUUUCAUCCCUCCCAUUUCCGAACCUACAACCCCCCUUCCACUUCCCCCACGAAACCGCGGCUCCCGGUCCUCUCUCCCCUCACCGCUGACCUCCUUCCCCCCGUCCCGCGGCUCCCGUUCCGCACCUUGCGGAUGCAUCGGCGGAGUUCUUCCCCCUCCUUGCGGAUGCAUCGGCGGAGUUCUUCCCCCUCCUUGCGAAUCCCUAUCCCUGGCUCUUUCUCUGUCUCUGUCCCUGUCUCUGUCCCUGUCUCUGUCCCUUUCAUGUCCAGCAGCCCUCAGUCUCUCGCGGAGAUCUUCAUUUGA